UUUUCUGAUUGCACUAGCAGGUCUUUUCACCCAGCAGCAAUCCAGGCAGAGCCGGCUGGUUUGGUGCAAUCUGGAAGGUUGUUGUAAUAACAGACAGAACAAAAAAGCACAAGGAAGAACCUGGCAGCUGUAUAAAACUCCCUCCGAGCUCCAGACCCACAGAAGUUCAUCAGCCUCAGCAAUCAGCAUGACCAGCCAGUCUCAGGGAAUCCAGCAGCUUUUGCAGGCAGAAAAACGUGCCAAGGACAAACUGGAGGAAGCCAAAAAAAGAAAGGGGAAAAGGCUGAAGCAGGCCAAAGAAGAAGCCAUAGCUGAGAUAGACCGCUACAGGUUACAGAGGGAGAAGGAAUUUAGGAACAAGCAAACAACUGUCAUGGGCUCCCAAGGCAACCUCUCUGCUAAAAUAGAAGAGCAAACAACAGAAAACGUCCGAAACCUCACUAGCAGCUACCACAAGAACAUGGAGAGCAUGAUGAAAAAGCUUUUGAACGCGAUAUGUGAUAUCAACCCUGAACUUCACCCAAACUUCAGACAUGCAGUUUAAGAUCCAUUGAUGUACUUAAGGAUGUUUGUAAAAGUAGCCUUCUUUCUUGAUAAGCAUAAAUAUUUUCUCAUUUACUGUUUCUGUAUAUGUGAAAUAAAAAGAACACUAAAGCCAAAAGCACACGGUUCCGUAUAUGCUUUUAAUGUGACAAUAAUUACACAGGGUUUCACAAGCAUUUGUUGGAAUAUUGUUUCCUGUUGGUAGCUAAGCAGCUGUCAUUUAGACAAGGGCAAGUCAACAACAGUAGAAUAAAUGAUUAUUUGACACCA